CAAACUAUACACUAUACAGAUACAGCCGCGCCGCGCCGCUGUCGUAAAUUUAUUCAAUACUCACACAUGUGUAUCUCUCUCGAGCUGGCUCUUGAACGCAGCGACAAGCACGCUUAUUGAACAGUGUACGGUUUUAGGGCCAAAAAGAAGACGCAUUUUAAAUACCAUUUUUUCCACCGAAGAAGCUGUUUCAGAGAAAAAUAAAGAUACCAAUGGCUGAAAUAGAUCGUCAAACAGUUAUUCUGGAUGCAAUCGACUCGUUGCGAAGGCGCAAAGCUCGGCCGGAUUUUGAGCGAAUUUUUCACAUGGUGGAACGCAAACACGGAUUGACCGGGGCUGAUGUGAUUACGGAGUUAAAUCGAAUGGUCGACGAUGAUGUUGUUAUUAAAGUAGAAUACAAGGGCAGUAUAAGCUACCGAAAUGCCGCUAACUGGUGCAAAAAUCGUUUAAGUGGGUACCCAUUAAAUUCACACGAAGCUACGAGGUCUAUUCUGCAAGCAAUCGAGAAAUUGACAUGUCCAGAGUCCAUUCCUGAACAGGAUCGAGUUUUAGAGGAUGCCAAUAAUUGCAGUACCCCUAAUGAAGAGUCGCGCAUAAAAAGAGACGGCCCACUUGAAGGCACAAGUCUGGAGCAAAUUGUGAAGUUCUUUGCAGAUGGAAACCCGGACACCAAGUUCACUAAAAAUUAUUUGGAGGAGGCUCUGGCGAGAGAAGUCACUGCAAGAAGGCUGUAUUUCAAUACAACAAACAAAUACGUGUUGGCGAAAUAUGCCGUUUCCUGCGAAGAAGAAACAUCGUUCCAAAAUCCCCAAUUGAAAAGGGGCCCUCGACCGUCGAAACGAAAGCGCAUCAAGAAGACCCACGGUCCAGACUUCGAGCAUGAACCUUUGACUAAAACCUCCAUAUGGGAUCAGAAGUGUGAUUAUUGCACCUUACCUGCUAACUGCAACAAGUACGGAGAGAAAGAGCAACUACUUGUCUGUAAAGACUGCACUUUGAAAGUGCAUCCAUCCUGCAUGAAGUAUUCCCGCCAACUCGCAGAACGAUCACGAUUAUCACCAUGGCAAUGUAUCGAUUGUAAGACAUGUCACGUGUGUAACGAUGCGGGCGAUGCGGAUACGCUACUUUUCUGCGAUUCAUGUGAUAAGGGAUAUCACAUGGCGUGCCACAAUCCCAAAGUUGAAGAGAAACCAGUUGGGAAAUGGGUUUGCGAAUUAUGUGCAAGCGAAGACAUGGAAAUCGGCAGUAAUUUCACAGAUGAAGGAUCGGUCAUCUCAUCCUCGGGAAGUACAGGGUCUAAAAUAGAAGACAAAGCGGAUUCAGGAGAAAAUGGAUCUUCUAAAACUUCUGGUCAAGUCACUCCGGAUGUGGCGACGCCCAACCAAUCCAGGGUAGCAAACUUACCCAUCCAGUCGGCCCAAGCCGAUCCCUCAUCCAUCCUAUCUGCCACCACUGGAACCAAUCUACCAAACCACCCCGCCAAAUGGUCUCAGGAUGACGUCGUCAAGCUCAUGCAGAAGAGAGGGUUUAGGGAGCAAGCAGAAACAUUUCGAGAUCAGGAAAUCGACGGCCAUGCACUGCUUCUGCUGCGUCGUGCAGACGUCCUGACCGGCCUGUCAUUCAAACUAGGCCCCGCCCUCAAAAUCUAUGAAAUCAUCAGCAAGCUCCAGCUAUCACAUGCCAAACACUCUUCGCCAAACGCAAAGACCAAAUCAUCGCUGCAGUCGACAGCACCUAAAACGCUGCCGUCGCCAUCGAGUCAGUCUUCCAUAAAGAACAAGCCGUCCAAAACAAACCCAUCGAUGAAGAUUCCAAGUAGCACCGGACGCCCAAGUACUACAGCAAAGUCGUCCCCUCCGCCAAGAAAGCCGACUGAAGCUGGCAAAAAGCAGCCGCCUCCAACGACUGUUAACCAUCUUAAAGUCACCUCUCCUGACAUGGAGUCUCCUCCCGCUAAGACAACGCCUCAGUCAGAAACGGAUCAACCACCACCCAUCAGUCCGCUACCUGAGUCAGACAAGUCGACUCCUACAUAAACUAGCCCACCUCCAAAGCCGGAAGUGAAGUCACCGAGGAAAUCGGGUGUUUCACCUAGAACGACACCGUAAUAAUGACGAAGACUUGGAAGAUCACGAUAACUCGAGAUAAUUAGAUCGUAUAAUUCUAAGAAGCUACAGGUACAAUUAGGAUGUGGACGUUUAUGAAGAUAACCAAUUUCAUUGGCUUUUUCAUAUGAAAUAUGUUAAUGAAAGCAUUUCAUUCUAGGUUGUACAAGUCAAAACUCGAUCGCAAGUCGUGUGGAAUCCAAAAUGAAAUUGUUUUACGGACGUUUGCUUUUAUUGUGAAACUCCAAUGUCAUUGGAAACGCAUUGGUGUUAAUUGAUCAGAAAUUAAUUUUAUCCGGGAAUUAAGCGUCUGAUGGCUAACAUAUUGUUCUAUUCUAUUUGUCUGUUCAAUUUUUUCAUCACCAAUGGCUAUGCUCAUAAGAAAAUGAAGGGAAAAGUAAAAUGAAACGAGUUGUCUUUCCUAAAGCGGAACUAGUAGUAAUUCAACGGGUUUGCCAUUCAACUAUCUUCAUUCUGGCAUCACAGUACAUGUGAAAGAUAAUCACGAAUGAAAAAAAAAUGUUCUAGCAAAAAUGAUCAAAUUUGUGAUCAUGAGGAAGAAACUUACAUCAACCAUUAAAAUCAUUCAAAAUAGGUUAAGGAUAGUGUGAUUUAAAGUUACGCUGCCGACGACUUCUUUUGAAUUAUUUCAGUGGUUAUUAAAAGUAUCACACUUUUUUAAGAGCCACGACUGAUUAUAAGUAGGUAGGGCUGCUCAAAUUAUUGGUUGUUAUCGUAUGCAACAGUACAAUGGCGUCAGUACUUAAAGCUACAUAGUAUACUAGUAUUGUUUACUACACGGUUUAGACCAAAAUUAUGUACAUCUGAUUUCAGAUGUAAUUUGUCUUCACUGAAUUAUUCUUGGGGAGUUUGCUGAAAGUUAAAUAAUGUGAUUAUUAAGGUGGUUUUCAUUGUUUCAUUCAUGUUUUCCGUACGUUAACAACUGGAUCAUUCCGUCGUCGUUGUUGUUGUUGUCUGUUGUGUUGUUUAUUUUGCCUUAUCGUUAUGGCAUAUACGGGUUUUCUAACUUUAAAAAAUUAAUAUGAAGUUAUGAAAGUUGUUCAUAACUGGUGAAAAGCUAAAUAUCAUCGAGUGCUGCCUGUUUUGCUGGAUGCGUGGUUGUGAUUUUUUUCAAGAUCAUUUUCACUAAUAUGCUGCAAAAUAUGUGUGUUAAUGAACUUCGACACAAUACUCCUAUUCUUGUUGAAGGUUUUUCUUUUGCACUGCCAAUUUGAAGUCAUUUGGUGCUAUAAUAUAAGUUAACCCGGGGUUAAGUCAUUAAUGUACUAAGAUUUCAAUAUAGAAAUUUAUGGUAAUAAUAAUACUAAUAUCCAACACUUGCAUAACGUUUAAUAUAAACAUUUGUUUUGUUCUUGGCAUUGUAUAUUAUCAUUACGCAAUAGUCAUAAGAUAGAUUACAAACCAAAGAUUGAAUUGAUAUAUUUUUCAUACUCGUGUCACCUUUUUCUCUUCACUACCCUUACAUUUUUGGACACUUUUUUAUUACAGGACUAAAUCCUCAUACUGGGCGAAUAAGCUGGUAGCAGGCAAUCAUGUGUUCUCCGUGAUGGCGAUUUAGUGAACAAAGCAAGAAACGUGCUCUAUAAAGUAAAAAAAAAAAAUCCCCCUUCCAGUUAAAAGCAAAAAUCAUAAAUAAAAUAAACAAA